CUCGGGGGUGAAUGGCAACAUGUCGAAUACUCUCUCCUCUCAAUUUGGCGAUGUUUGUUCGAUAUACGACGUUUGGCAGUGCAAUUUUUGGAACACUAGUUUAAAAACAAGUCACAUGAGGAUUUUUAAAAAACACGCUGGGAGCAGCAAAUUGAAGAAACUUGACGUCCGUUGGAACGACACAUUGGGAGUGGAAGGUGUCGCUCAUCUCGCAUCUGUCGUUUUACAAUGUGAAGUCGAAGAUGUCAACAUGAGCGACUGCGGACUGACAGCUGAAGCAAUGAAAGGAUUCAAAAACAAUACUCGUGGUGCCAAGGUGAAAUUGAAAUUUAUCUCGAUUAUUUAUUUCGUCUUCUUAUACUGA